UAAACUCAGAAGCAAAGAUGGCUGCCAUUUUUACUACUUGACGCUUCCCGCAAUAAAACCAGAAAAUAAAUUGAUUACACAUUCAAAUAUCAAUAAAUAACGGAUAAUUCUGGAUAAUUUCUCAACGAUGGACGCCGUAAAAUCGUUUAAUUCGGAGUUAUCCUCGUUGUACGAGGUGAGGCCCCCGAUAUCAAAAGCGAAAAUGACUGCAAUCACUAGAGGAGCAAUUAAGGCUAUCAAAUUUUACAAGCAUGUUGUGCAAAGCGUUGAAAAAUUUAUAUUGAAAUGUAAAUCGGAGUACAAAGUACCAGGUUUAUAUGUUAUUGAUUCAAUUGUGAGGCAGUCUCGGCAUCAAUUUGGGACCGAUAAGGACGUUUUUGCUCCUAGAUUUGCGAAAAAUAUGCAACAAACGUUUGUUAAUUUAUAUAAAUGUCCACCUGAAGAUAAAAGUAAAGUUAUAAGAGUGUUAAAUUUAUGGCAAAAAAAUCAAGUGUUUGCCCCGGAAGUAAUUCAACCGCUAUUUGAUUUGGCCGACCCAAACCAUCCCAUCUAUAAAGAAAUUAACCAGAAUAAUGGAACGAUCGGAAAUAUAAGUGGGACUACUAGUCUACCAAAAGGUUCACCGGCGCUCCAGAAGACGCCUACGAAGGUCACACAACAAGGAACUGAUCAGGCAAACGCCGUACCCCACAGCGUUAAUGCAACGGCGACCCCAACUCUCGACCCAGCAACUUUAGCUCAACUCCAACAGCUGCAUAAAUUAUUAUAUCAAGGGGGUGCAGGAAAAUCUGAUGGGCAACCAGUUCAUUUCGAUAGGAAAUUAUUAGACUUCGAUUACGGCGAUGACGAAGAUGAAGACCCAAAUAAUCCAUCUCCAAAAAAUACAAAUACUAAUAAUACAUCAAUUGAUUCAGUUGGAAAUUUAUUAUCAAACCCGGAAGUGUUAAAACAACUUCAAACCCUCCAAAAUUCGAUGUUGCAACAUGGACAACAUCAAGAAAUUGACUUAGAAAAGCUUCGAAAAUUGCAUGAAAUGAAACAACAAGAAGAUGAAUUCGAUAAACAUCUUGCUCAAACCGUACCACAUUUACCAUUUGCUUCCGAAUGUGAGUUUAAACCCAGCAAUAAUUCUCCAGCCGUCCCAUCAAAUUAUUUCCUCCCAAUGACCACAGACAUGUCUCAACCACCGCCCGGUUACAAAACAACCCAACAACCACCCGGAGUCGGUUAUAUAACUCAAAAUCAAGAUCAAGAUGGUACGGUUAGUUCCGAAGUGGAAUUUGUGGGUGCCGGAACUGAUAAUGACGUCGAAGUGAUCACGGUAGACCACGGCGAUUCCCGAAGCGUAUCUCCGGAUCGUUAUGGGAGUUCGCGUAGACGUGGAAGGAGUCGAAGUCGUUCGCGCGAUCGCGGACGAGAUCGUCGUUCGAGACGCUCGUCGAGAUCAAGAUCGCAUUCGCGGUCGCGCAGACGAAGAUCGAGAUCGCGUGAUCGCGAAAAGGAUAGAGAAAGGGAAAAGGAACGUGAAAAGGAUAAGGAGAGGAAAAAGAGGGGGUUACCGCCAAUUAAAAAAGAUCAUUUAAGCGUGUGUAGUACCACGUUGUGGGUGGGGCAUCUUUCCAAGUUGGUUCAUCAAGAAGAUUUAUCAGAUACUUUUGGGGAAUUUGGAGGGAUUAUUAGUAUCGAUUUGAUUAUACCAAGGGGAUGCGCUUUUAUUGUGAUGGAUCGGAGACAAGAUGCUGCCAAAUGUUUAACGAAAUUGAAAAAUUAUAAAUUACAUGGGAAAGCAUUAACUUUAGCUUGGGCUCCUGGGAAAGGAGUUAAAGGUAAAGAUCUUAAAGAUUAUUGGGAAGGUGAUUUAGGAGUUUCUUAUAUUCCUUACGGCAAAUUAAAACCGGAUAUGGAUACGGAAUUAUUAGAAGAUGGUGGUGUUAUUGAUGAAGAAACGAUGCCGCAAUGGAUGAAGUCUAAAUUGAAUCAAAAACCGCUUGAAAAUCAAUCUGUGAGUGAUUUAUCGAAUCUUGCUGCAACUUUAACAUCAGUUUCAUCGGCUACUUUGGAUACAUCUCAACCUCCGCCGGUACCGGGAAAUCUUUUGUCAGCGCCACCCAUCGCCUUAUCACUAGUUCCACCGUUCCAAUUAAACAGAAACUUAUUAAACGCCGUCGGCAUGAAUUUACAAACAAGUUUAAUGACGAACGUCCCUAUUGGUGUGCCUCCACCGAAUUUAGCAAAUGCUCUCCUGCCGAAUCAACUUUUAGGGAUUAAUUCACCAUUCGGGCAAGCGCCACCAAGUUUGUUACAAACUCCCAAUGUUCCUCAAAUGUCGGUUGCGGCUCCUACAGUAGCAGUUGCCGGAAACGCAGGAGAUAAUAGUCAAGAUUCGGUUAAUGAUAACGGAUUACUUCCGUUACCAAUACAAACACAACCAAACACCGGAUUUGGAAUAGUACAUCAUGCCGAUGAUAAUAUGGAUGUUGAAAUGGAAGACGCUGAUAAAAUGGAUAGGCCUGCAUUAAGUGACCAAUUAUUAGCAACGAUGGGGUCCUAUAAUAGUUCGGGGGAGGUUAAUUUAAGUGCUGUUGUUAAUCGGUUUAAUCGACAUGAUGAGAUGGAUGAUGGAAGAAGAGAUCGAAGAGAUAAUAGAGGAGGAGGUAGAAAUCGUAGUAGAGAUCGCGAUAGAGCCGAUCGAAAUCGUGAUAGAAGUCGAAGGGGUGGUAGUUAUGAUAGAAAUCGCGAUAAUAGAAAUAACCCGGAUAAUCGGCGUGGUGAAAAUCGUCGUGAUAAUCGCGGAGGUGGCGGUAUCAAUCGUUGGUCAGAUCGCGAUGAUUCGCGAAGUGUUGAACUAGACAGACGAGAGCGCGAAAAACGCUUAAACGAUCGCCUCAGAGAAAUGGCAAAUGACGGGUCUUUCACGGCUCGUGAAACCCAAGAUCCCGAAAGACACCUUUACCCACCUCCGGCUAGUUAUGGUGGCGAAAAUUUAGGUCCUCUUGAAAAUAAUUUACCACCAAUGGAUACUCAUGAUGAUUACGAUCGUCCAGGACCGAGAAUGUGUCGACCCCCGAUGGGUCCCGAAUUUGAUUAUCCUCCUGAUUUCGAUGGGCCCCCAUUACCGCAUAUGGAGUUAUUGGACGAUAGGUUUUUGAGGAGGGAUCGUUAUGUAGAGGAAAUUGAUGAGUAUGAAAGAUUUAGUAGAGGACCUGAAUUUUAUCCGCCACAUAGAGGUGACGUUUUUGGACCAAGGGGUGGGCAUCCCCCGAUGAGGGGAAUGCGACCUGAUGGGUUCAAUGGACGUGGACAUUUAAUGGGGCCUCCUAGAGGUGGAAUGUUUCAUCCUAGGGGGCCACCUCAUUUGGGGCAUAUACGUGGACCUCGAAUAGGACCAUGGAUGGAUGGAGUUGGAAUAAGACCAAAUUUUUGUCCACCACCACGGUUCGAAGGCCCUCCAGGAUUUCGAGGUCACUUUGAAGAUCACGGCCACCACCCCCCACCGAGACAUCGUGGACAAUUCGAUAGACGCGGUGGUGGGAGAUUUAAUAAAUACGAUCAACAAGAACCUACACAUGAAGGUGAGAAUAAAUCGGUUGAUUUCGAACGAUCAGAACGAAAGAGUCGGUGGAGUAUGGCGAAUUCGCCAUCGCGACAAGAAGAAAAUAAUUCUAAUCGGAGAAAUAGUUUUAAUAAAAAUGAAAACGACGAUGAUAUAGUUGAGCAAAAUCAGGAAAAUGAUGUUGCCGAUAAUAAUAAUGAUUUGGUUAAUAACGUCGAAGAAGAUGUGAGUGAUAAUCAAGGAGUUGUUGAAGAGGAAGCAGCGGGAAAUACAACUCCGUUAAGAGAUGAACAUCUCGAAGAAUUUGAGGAUAAAAAAGUCGUAGAGGAAGAUGAUGCGGGUGAGGAUCAAAUUAUAGAAAAUAAUGAUGAGGAAGUGGAGGCUGAGGACGGUUAAAAAUAACGCAAAGAUAGGACUCUUUAGUUUAAACGACAUUUUUUAGUUUCUUUUUAGAUAUUUCCGUGUGUUGCAAAUAUGUUAAGACUAAAUAAUAAAAACGAGGGCUGUGAUAGUGAUGAGGAACACA